AUGACCGACUUCAAGACAGACCUCAAAACCUAUGAGUUUAACCACACUAUGAUCCGUGUCAAGGAUCCCAAGGUCUCCCUUUACUUCUACGAAGAGAUUCUCGGCAUGAAGAUGAUUUCGACCAUGGAAAACCCCAACGGAAAAUUCACUCUCUACUUCUUGGCCUACGUGAACGCUGAGGACCAGGCAUCGCUCAACAAAAAGUCGGACGACGAGCGCCGUGCCUAUGCCUUCAACCGCUCCGGUAUCCUCGAGUUGACCCACAACUGGGGAACAGAGACGGACGCCGACUUCAAGGGCUAUGCCAGCGGCAACAGCGACCCCGGCCGUGGCUUUGGACACACCGCCAUCAUUGUCGACAACAUCGAGGAGGCCUGCAAGCGGUUCGAGAGCUUUGGAGACAAGGUCAAGUGGGUCAAGAAACUGACCGACGGAAACAUGAAGAACAUUGCCUUCAUCACCGACCCUGAUGGUUACUGGGUCGAGAUCCUCAACCGCGCCUUUGCUUAA